GAUCUUGAAUUUUGCCGGUACCCGGUACAUAAUUUUUAAGUCAACGAUCUUCAUUAGCUUCUUUUAUUUGGCAUGAAAUAUUUUGAGAACAAUUAGAGGAUUGGCUGUGCAAUUAGGCACCUGAAAGAUGUCAACACAUAGAAACUUCAAUUUCAAGCUGUCUCGGAGUGGAAAGUUCAAACCACCAGCAUCUAACACAGUGCCCCCUACUGCUGCUGCUGUAAGUCAGACAUCACUGAAAAGUUUCUUCAAGCCCAACCCAACCAACCAGAGUACAGGAGGAGGAAAUGCCCAGCUGAAGAGUAUCGAAGGUCAUGGAAAUGUCAAAACAUCUGCCAAAGAUGUUUUCAGAGACCAGACGAAUCAGAUCAUAUCUUUGCACAGUAAUAUAAUGGAUAAUAGCAAUUCUGUUAUAUCGUCACCCAGCAAUGGGAGGAAGCCUGUGGCAUCAGUUCAACCCUUCACACCAAGUGCCAAGAAAAAUGUUUCUCCUCCUCAAAACUUCUUCAACUUGGGUGAUUUAUCUGAUGACGAAGACUUUGAUUUCCUUGAGCCGACUAUGCCUCCCAAGAAGCACUUUUCAUUCAAAAGUAAGCAGCCAAACAGCAAGCCAGUCACCUCAGAUAGCAUUCCUGUUGUCAAACCAUCAAGCAUAGAAGGAAAGAAAUCAGUGGCAGAGAAAGACGAACGUUACCCUGCAUUGGAGCAAGAUGACAGUGACAGUGAUGAAGAUGUAAUUGGUUCUGCCAAGAAAUCUCAGAAAGGUCGAGCUGUUAUCUUGGAUAGCGACAGUGAUGAUGGAGAGGAGGAUGUUCUAAAAGGAGAAGAUAAUGCUAUUCAUAUAGAUUGGUCAGAAACUCAGCUGCCAGAGGAAGCUGAAAGCAAGGCACCAGACUUUGAUGAUGAUGAGGAGGAUCUGACAUGCAUUGAUAAUGAACCACCACCGUCACUUGGUCCUGUUGCUGAGACCCAGUAUGACUUCAUAGAUGUACCAUCUCCAUCUCCUCCACCCUCACCUGGGGACUUCAACAUUGAUAUACAGUGGGAUUCCCUCCCCUCUCCUCCUCCCAUUGAGGCAGAAGACGAUGAGGAUGCCUUCCCUCCCCCGGCCUCUCCGUCCCCACCGUCGUCCCCGGUCUUCAAGCAGACCCAGCACACCCCUCCAGCAAGGCAGCGUAACAGGAUUCCAGAGGAGGACAUCAUCGCGAUACCUCCAUCCCAAGAUGUGAAGCCGGGAGUCAAACUGGGAGACAAAGGACAAGCCCAAAAACCUAUGGAAGAAAGAAUUGAUGAUAUAUCAUCACUGACAGCACAUCCAGCUCUCAAACCACUUACCGAUCAGAUGAAUGCAGAUGAGCUGCAAGAUAGACUCCAAUCCCUGGACAGCCUUCUCUAUGAAGUCAUGGACAGGAUAUGCAAUACAAUGGAUAUUUAUCUUAGAUCCAUGCAUUCAGCUACUGGAGAUGUGACAUCACCGCCACAACUUGCCACCCUCAAGCAGUUAUCAGUAUUACGGAAGAGAGUGAAAGCUAAACAGAAGCAAGUGCAAUCAAGACAAAAGCAUACAGGAGUUCCCGUGUCAAAGACAUUACCAACUCAGACGCACCUCACCAGUAGACCGACAGGACAUUCCUUUGCCAACUCAACCUUGAGCAGUACUGGGCGAUUAGCCAGUGACUUUCUUGAACCUUCCUCUGAUGAUUAUCCACCAACCACAGACUACAGCAAUCAAGAUGGAUACAGUUCUCGUGAGCGAAACUCUGAAUCAAGGUACGAAACACCAAUGAGCAAUGAAAGGAGUUCUGGGCCUGCCAGUUCUUUCCAGUUCAAAACCCCAUCCUCGACUGUAACACCAAGAAGCUUAUCUAGUAAAAGAACAUCGCUGAACCAGUCGACUAUCUCAGGGACUAGCCUUCCAGGAUUCAUGAGCACAUCCUCGGGUUUCUCCUCUCCUGGAGCCAAUGGAGCAGGAGGAACCGGAAGUGUGUCUUCUCCAUUGCCUCCUGGUGGUGACAGCUUCUUUGAAGUUGAGGAUACAGACACACCAGGAUCCAGCGGCUAUCAGAGUCGGACUUCCUCCAGCUUCCAGACCCCAAGCACGUUUGGAGCAAGUCGGUUAGAUACGCCACAGAGUGUCCCUGACAUCAGGGGUCGGUCCAGCUUUGAUCAAGGGAGGUCAGAUGAUGGGGGUUCCAGUCGACCAGGGAUGAUGGGUGUCGGAACAAAACGGCAAUCAGCAACUCAAGCGCUCUCUCAAACUGCUAUUCCUUCAUCAAAUCUGAGUCAAGAUUUAAGUCAGAUGCCAGCAGAAGUGGUCUCUGACAAUCCAUUCAGCGGCUACAACUUCCCUCACUCGAGAGAGCUCCACAAGGUCUUCAGGAAGACAUUUGGUCUCCAUCAGUUCAGGGAGAACCAGCUUGAAGCCAUCAAUGCAGCUUUACUUGGGGAGGACUGCUUCAUCCUUAUGCCAACAGGUGGAGGUAAAAGCUUGACCUAUCAACUGCCCGGGGUGCUGACCGCAGGGGUGACCAUUGUCAUAUCCCCUCUGAAGUCCCUUAUCCAGGACCAGGUCCAGAGGUUGGUCUCUCUUGAGAUUCCUGCGGCCCAUCUAUCAGGGGAGAUGUCUGGUGCUGCUGCUGAUGGUAUCUACAGACAGCUCUGCAUGAGAGAUCCAGUCGUCAAGAUGCUCUAUGUCACUCCAGAGAAGAUCAGUGCAAGUCAGAAGCUCUUAUCAACCAUGGAACAUCUCUACACCAGAGGGUUGCUCUCCAGGUUUGUCAUUGAUGAAGCACACUGUGUCAGUCAGUGGGGCCAUGACUUUCGUCCAGACUACAAACGGUUAUGCAAGCUACGUGAGAAGUUCCCUGGUGUGCCCAUGAUGGCCCUGACAGCCACAGCUACCCCUAGGGUCAAGACAGACAUCCUUCACCAACUCAAGAUGAAAAAACCUCAGGUAUUGACCAGUAGCUUUGACCGUAGUAACCUGAUGUUCAGAGUAGAGAAGAAACAACCAAGUAAGAUGAUAGAGAGGAUUACAACACUCAUCAACUCACAAUUCAAAGGAAAAUCAGGAAUCAUUUACUGUCUUUCAAGGAAUGAAUGUGAGAAGGUUGCUGAUGAUUUGACCAAGGCUGGAAUCAAAGCGAGUCCAUACCAUGCUGGACAGAGUGAUAAGGAACGGUCAACCGUUCAGACUAGAUGGAUUAAUGAUCAGUAUAAGGUCGUAUGUGCAACCAUAGCAUUCGGUAUGGGAAUAGACAAAGCAGAUGUCAGGUUUGUGAUCCACUACUCCAUACCCAAGUCUAUUGAAGGUUACUACCAAGAGGCUGGUAGAGCUGGUAGAGACGGUGGCAUAGCCCACUGUAUACUCUACUACUCCUACCAAGAUGUGACUCGUCUUAGACGAAUGAUAGAGAAGGGUAGUGAUAACUACAAUGCUAUCAAGGUCCAUGUGGACAAUCUGUACGGCAUGGUGCAGUACUGCGAUAACAUGGCCGACUGCCGUAGAGCUAUCAUGCUCUCAUACUUUGGUGAGACGGGAUACAACCGAGAGAUCUGCAGACGACGUAGGGAGACCACCUGUGAUAAUUGCCAGUCAAGUGCAUCGUUUGUUGAAGUGGAUGUGACUAAAGAGGCCAAAGGUCUGGUUCAGUUUGUCGGCGACGUGAGUGGGAAUUCCACCAACAGGUCGAGGUACAAAGGACCUAGAAGAGGCAAUAGUCAGUUCACGGCUAACCACUAUGCUGAUGUCCUUAUGGGUGGGAAUUCAGCAAAGGUCAACCAGUGUGGCCACAACAACAGUCCAGUCUAUGGUAUCCUCAAGAAGAAAGAAUUCCAGAGAGGAGACAGUGAGAGACUGAUCCGUAAGCUCAUCAUCGAUGGUUACCUGCGGGAAGAAAUGUUCGUAGGGGCCCAUGAACAGGCUAUCUGUUAUGUCAAAGUUGGCCAGAGAGCCUUUGAACUGCUUAACGGCAGAUGUAAGGUCCAUCUACGCAUGCAGGAGAGUCGUGCAUCACGUGCAAUGUCAGGCAAAGCACCCGUGAUAUCAGCAAACGCUGCUGCUGCUGCUGCUAUUAGAGACGAUAUCCACCAAAGACUCCUGGAUGAUCUGAGGGCCACUUGCAGGACUCUGGCUGCUGAGAACAACAUGAACACAGCCAAUAUCUUCAAUGAUGCAACUCUACGAGAGAUGACAGAGAAGACACCAUUCACCAUGGAGGAGUUACUAGAUAUCACUGGAGUAACGGAACCCAAGGCAAAGAGAUGGGGCCAAGCCUUCCUACAGGUCAUGUUCAAGUACUUACCAGAACUUAUUCCUGACGAUGACAUGUUAGAGGAUGAAGCUUUCUCAUCUACGACUGUAAAAGAAUCUCCUUACUUUGACAACGGAGGAAGGGGAGGCCAGUCAGCUUCCACGACCAAGAGGGACCGCAGUCGAGCCAACCGGAAGCCAAGACCUCCAAAACGCAAGGCAAGCGCCCAGAGCAACGCCAAGGCCAAACGCACUCGGGCUGCCUCCACAGCUACAUCGUCCAGUGGUCAAGGCACGAGUAGCCCUGGGUGGCUUACGACCGUCCCUGGUGGAGGAGGGGGCAGUGGGAUGAGUUCGAAGCCGAUGUUAUCAAAGUUUAAGUUCAGUGGAGGGAAAGGAAAAGGAACAGGUGGUGGUGGUGUUGGUAGUCUUGGCUUCAUGCCGGAUCCCAAGAUGAAGAAAGCAAGGAGUUUCCUGGGUUCUGGAGGUGGACAGUAUUUUGGGUGAACACUCUUUUAAAGUUUGACUGUGCCAGCACUUAGAAGAGGAGAUUGUAUUUACCUGUAUGGAUAUUGUGCAGGUUGAAGUCACAGUCCUCUAGGCUUUGUGCCAUUCCUAAAUUGAAAACAGCGAAGGGUUUUCAAGGUACCCAAGUUUGACAGUUUUCUGUAAAAAAUUGUUUUGGUAUUUGUGAUAAAGGAAACAAUGUGACUUGAGGUUUCAAAUGUGGUUGUUACAGUGAAAGUCUGGUCAAUAUCUUCAUGUCCUAAUACUAAAACAAUGGGAAAGUCCCAUAUGAUAAAGAACUGGACACUACUUUGUAUUUUAUAUACAAUCAUAAUAAGUACCAGUUUGAUUGAAUAAUAGAAACAUUGCUACAUGUAUCUCUGUGACAUGUAAUGAAACACUUCUCACGUUAAAACGAAUAUACUGUAGCACGUUCUUACCAACCAUUUCUGAUGCUCUUUCAGUAAAUUAACAAAUAAGCAUCAUCGUUUAUUGAGAUUUUUUUGUCAUUUCCUCAGUAUUAUUUACUUAUUUCUCU